UAGCCGUGGCUAACAUAAAAAAGAGCGCCCAUUUCUCGGUUGGUUCGCGAAGCUUCGGCGCGGCCCCGAGAGAUUUUGAACUCCAGAGCUCUCGGCGAGGGUUUGGGCGGCGGAGGGAGGCGGGCAUGGCCGGGAAGAAGAGCGCCGCGGUGAGCUCCGUGCCUUCCGAGGGUGAGGAGAGUGCCGUCGUCCCCGGCUCCACUGCCAAGCGCGGGCCCGGCAGACCUAAGAUGGACCCCGUCCCCGCCGGUGCCAGCCCCGGCUCCACUGCCAAGCGCGGGCCUGGGAGGCCUAAGAAGGAUCCCGUCCCCGCCGCCGCCGGCGCCAGCCCCGGCUCCACUGCCAAGCGCGGGGCCGGGAGGCCUAAGAAGGUCGCCGCCCCCGCCGAGUCCGGCAAGGGCUCUGCUCCGGAGCCCGGGAAGAGCGAGAUGGGGGAGAAGGGGGCGACCCCGAAGAAGCAGGGGAAGGGGGAGAAAGAGAAGGCGAAGGCGGCGACCCCGAAAAAGAAGGAGAAGGGGGACAAGGCGGCGGCGCCGGAGAAGAAGGAGAAGGGGGACAAGGCGGCGGCGCCGGAGAAGAAGGAGAAGGGGGACAAGGCGGCGGCGCCGGAGAAGAAGGAGAAGGGGGACAAGGCGGCGCCCCCGAAGAAGAAGGGGAAGGGGGAGAAGGCGGCGGCGCCAGAGAAGAAAGAGAAGGGGGAGAAGGUUGCUACCAAGAAGAAGGAGAAGGGGGAGAAGGGAGGGAAGGAGAAGAUGGGGGACACGGCGGCGACCCCAAAGAAGAAGGAGAAGAAGGGCGGCGAGGCGGCGGAGCCCGGAUCCGGAUCCGGGAAGCAGGAGCCGUCCGGCGAAGCGGGGAAGCCCAAGCCCAAGCCCACGCCCAAGAAGGCGAAGCAGCAGGCCUCAGACGGGGCGGCCAAGGAGACGCCCAGCAAGAGGAAGCGCGACGACGCCGGGGAACCCCAACCCCAGAAGUCGGCCAAGAGCGCCAAAAAAGUGGACGAGGCCACGCCCACCAAGAAGAAGCAAGCCUCCUCCGGCGGUGCUGAGAAGGCCACCACACCCAGCAAGACACCCCAGAAGAAGGAGGCAAAGAGCGCCAAGAAAAGCCCCGGCAAGGCGGAGAAGGCCACGCCGACCAAGAAGCAGCAGGCCUCCGGCGGGCCGGAGAAGGCCACACCGAGCAAGAGGAAGCAUGGCGAUCUGGAAUCCCCAAAGGCGGCGAAGAGCGGGCAGAAUGGCUCUUCGCCUGCGAAGAAACAGAAGGGCAAGGCAGCAGGGGCGGCGCCGGUGGCUGCCGAGCCGGGCACCUGCAGCUUCCCGAUGGCGCGGGUGCGGCUGCUGAUGCGGGACAAGGACGCCACCAUCCGAUCUAACAAUGAGACCGUCUUCCUCGUCAACAAGGCCUCGGAGUUAUUCUUGGAGGUAUUUGCGAAGGAUGCUCAUCAGAAUGCCCUGAAGGAACGUAAAAAGUCAAUUACCUACGAGAACCUUUCGACGGCGGUGUGCAAGGAGAAACGGUACAAGUUCCUAUCAGAUUUCGUGCCACUGAGGGUGACGGCCGGGGAUGCACUCAAGGCUGUGGUGAAGGAGCCGUAGAAUAGACAGACAAGGUGGUGCAUGUCAUGCCAGUGCUUGUCCUGUGCUAGCUAGCCUGUGUAGUGUAGGGAGGGAGAAGGAGAAGGACGUGAUCUGAGGGUAGAGCUGUUUGUACUAGCGUGUUCUUCUCUGUCUGUCUGUCUGUACUAGGCAAGGACAGGUUGAGUAACAAGCAGAGUAAGACCAGUGAUGUUUGUGGAUGUAUGAACGACUACGUGCUGAAGCUCAUGUACCUGUGCCUGUGUGUUGUCUUGA